AAAAAAACUACAGAUGAAACUUCUUCUCAGAAGCGUAUGCGAAAAGUAAACACCGUAAAUAACUCAAAUACCAUACGAAUUUCAUCAUCUUUUUUGUUUUUAACAGUGAUAAUAAUUCUUCAUAAAAGUAAUGUUGUUCCGAUUUCAUACUUCAUAAUCUACAGCCUGAAAAAUAGGAAAUGGACUGAAAAUAACCUAAGCCAACCACAGCACCUCUCCCUUCUGAAAUUUCAUUAAAAAAAAUUUCAGAAGUAAAAAGUCUUGAUCCGGGCAUUAGAAAUGAAUUUCUGCUCCAGAGAAGAAACUAGUGAUAAAGAGGAUGAUGAAUAUGAAAUGCAUGGUCAAGCAUUGCCGGUUUUACCAUUUGAUGUUGAGUCUGUCGAUGAGGGAUCAAUUCCUCUAACUUCACAGGAAUACUUGCAACAAGUAAUCGCUCAAAGAACAAAGUUACCUAGUGUAGUUACAGCCUCUGUUCCAAAACUGAAAGCUGGGAAUGCUCAGAACAUAGCUGAAUUAUUUAAAGAAGAUGAAUUGUCUCCUUCCGAGCACUGCCCUUCGAAAGAAUGGAUACAGACUCAAGUAUCAGACUUUUCCGAUUUACGAUUCCGUAUUGAAUGUAAUAGAGAAACCUGGCAUAAAAAAUAUCCUGAAAAGUUUCCUAGUGACAGAAAUGAUUGGUUUGAAUUCAUGUUCGGCGGAAGUGAAGAUAGCGAAAUUAAUCAGCGCGAACCUUACUUAGACAUCGUGUUGGCGAUAAAUAACGAAAUGAUUGAAAAUCUUAUCAAAUAUAUCGUAGAAUGGGUCGAGGAGAAGAAAAUUUCUGUUUAUACUGCGGGGUUAUGGUUUUAUGCAUUGCUGGCUUGUAUUGGUGUUCCUAUACGUGCAAAAAUCAUGAAACGACUGAGAACAUUUGUCUAUACGUGCCGGGAGCUGAGAAACAGUAUUAAUUUAUCCAAUGAAGGAAGUGAAAAGGAAAUCAUGGCUCAAAAUUUGUUCAUCUGUUUGAUUGGGAAGUACUUCGGCCAACAUGAUUUAUCAGAUUAAUGUUCAAUCAUCCUCGUGCUGUUUUUAUUUUUUAUUUUUAUAGUUUUUGUAUGAUUGUAUUACCGUUCUUUUAGAUGAAUCAAGGCGAGGAUUGCGAGCGUCACCUAGACCUAUUCACUAGUGUUCAAUUUUUUACUCGUGUCUUAAUUUUUUUUUAUUAAAAGUGUUAGUUUCCCAGUU